AUGGACUCAUUAUCGUCAUCAAAAAAUACGUCUACGAAAAGUAGACUUACUAAUAGUUAUUAUUUUUAUGGUACACAUCCAUUGAAAGUUUCAAACAGUAUAAUUCAUUCGAAUUCUGCCAAUCAUAUAUCAUCAACAUCGGAUCAAAAUACAACACAUCAUUUAUCACUUAAUUCUACAAUUAAUCAUAAUAGAUUUUCAUCUAAUUCAGAUUUAUCAACAACUCAAUCAUUACGUAAUUUUUCACAAUCUUAUCAAGAUGAAGAUGAAACUAGUGAGAUUUUUGAAGAUGCUGUAGAAAGUUUUGACGAUGAUUAUAACCAAAACAAUUCUCAUAGACGAUCAUCAUUAAAACAACAUGGAACUUCAGCAAUUGAUUUAUGUCAAAUGUUUAAUGAAUGUCAAGAAAUUACUAAACUUUUUUUUGAAAAUCAUCUUAAUGAAGCACUUAAAAGAACUAAAGCAGAAGAAAAUCGGUCUUUUUAUCAUGGUUUAAGUCAUAGUGUAAUAAGUUAUUUGCACGCAGCAAUGACAUUUAAUCAGAAUGACAUUGAAACAGCAAUUCAAGCACUACGACAUACAAGUAAUAUGACGAAAACAUAUGAACCAUAUCGACCAUGGAUACCCUUUAGUCUUUCAGCUAAACCAGUCAUGACGGAAUAUGAAUUACAUGCUAAAUUAGUCUAUGCUGAAGUAUUAUUAAUUCGAGCUUUACUAACAUUUAUUCAAGAUCAAAGUUUAUUUAGUUUUAUAAGUGGUGCAUUAAAAAUCAAAGAAUGUCAUAAUAUAUUUUUAAAAUUAGCAAAACAAAAUGAUCCUUCGAAAUUUUCUUCAAAUUUAUCAUAUGAACAUUUUGAUAGUGGAGUACGAUUUGGUAAUGGUGCAUUUAAUUUGAUGAUUUCAAAUUUACCACAACGUAUAAUUAGAUAUCUUGAAUUUGCUGGUUUUUCAGGAAAUAGAGAACUUGGCCUUAAUGAACUAAAGAAAAGUGCUACUAGUAGUGGGUUACGUGCAUUAUUUGCAGCUUUACUUAUGCUUGGUUAUCAUACAUUUGUUACACAAGUAUUUGGUAAUGCUGAUGGUGAUCUUGAAACUUGUCAUAUGUUAGUUGAACGUUAUCUAGCAAUAUAUCCUAAUAUAUUAGAAUAA